AUGACUUUGUACAUUGACUUCAGUCAGCCCAGUUUAUGGGUAUCUGCCGCGAGUAUUGUGUUCAACCCUACUUUCUGGAACAUUGCCGCGCAGCAGGAAUACCACAACAAGGUCAUCACCAAGCUAUUUGGUGGUAACUCACGACUUGGAUGCUAUGCGCUCGCCGUAACCAUCUUCUCGUUGGGUAUCUUCCGAGACUACCUUUACAACGAAGCUCUCGCCAACCAGCCCACACACCCGACCCUCCUUUCUCCUGCCAUCAAAUACUCCGCAAUUCCCCUCUUCGUCAUGGGAAAUACUCUCGUCCUGACCUCCAUGUGGGCUCUUGGUGUCACUGGUACCUACCUCGGUGACUACUUCGGCAUCCUCAUGGACGAGCCUGUGACGACUUUCCCGUUCAACGUCUCCAGUUCACCCAUGUACCACGGAUCUGCCAUGUCCUUCCUGGCCACAGCUAUCUGGUACGGAAAGCCAGCUGGUAUACUCCUUACCGGACUGGUUCACACUGCAUACUCUAUUGCAUGCAGAUGGGAGGACCCAUUCACUGGUAUGAUCUACCAAAAGAGGGACGAGGAGAGGGCCAAGGGAAAGAAGGGCUUGUAG